CACAGUUUUUCCCUGCACAGUGCUACUGGAAGAUCUCAGAUCCCAGAUUAGUGCUGCUCUUCUCCUGCUCUGCACGCUGAUGCUUGGUGGCUCAGUCAGGCAGAGAGGACGGCGGGCAGUGCAGAGCAACAAUAGGCCAACAGGAGGGGGAGAAGAAGAGGCGAGGAGGAGAGGGGCUGACUGCUGGAGGAGGCCACGUGUCUCUUUUCUCCUAGCUGUAGCCUUAGCCGCUGUUAACGGAGGACUGGGGUGCAUGAGGAACGUGACUCUGCUGCAGACCGCCACAGCCUGAAGCCAUCCUGCCAAAUCUGGAGACCAUGUCUGGAACCUACGACGAGUCCGCCAGCCAGGAGGAGACCACAGACAGCUUCUGGGAGGUGGGGAACUACAAACGUACAGUGAAGCGGAUUGACGAUGGUCACCGGCUCUGCAACGACCUGAUGAACUGCAUCCAGGAGCGUGCCAAAAUCGAGAAAGCCUACGCACAGCAACUGACCGAGUGGUCCAAGAGGUGGAGACAGCUGGUAGACAAAGGGCCUCAGUAUGGCACAGUAGAGCGAGCUUGGAUGGGGGUGAUGACAGAGGCGGAGAAGGUGAGCGACCUUCACCAGGAAGUGAAAAACAGCCUGAUCAACGAGGACUUUGAGAAGGUGAAGAACUGGCAGAAAGACUUGUACCACAAACAGAUGAUGGGAGGAUUCAAGGAAACCAAAGAGGCAGACGAGGGCUUCAAAAAGGCCCAGAAACCCUGGGCCAAAAAGCUAAAAGAGCUCGAGGCUGCCAAGAAGUCCUACCACAUGGCCUGCAAAGAGGAGAAGCUGGCAUCCAUCAGAGAGGCCAACAGUAAGGGGGAGGCCUCUGUGACCGCCGACCAGCAGAAGAAACUCCAGGAGAAAGUGGACAAGUGCAAACAGGACUCACAGAAGGCCAAGGAGAAGUAUGAGAAGGCUCUGGAUGAGCUGAGUAAGUGCACUCCCCAUUACAUGGAAAACAUGGAGCAGGUGUUCGACCAGUGCCAGCAGUUUGAAGAGAAGAGGCUGAGCUUCCUCAGGGAGGUGCUGUUGGACGUCAAACGCCACCUCAACCUCACAGAAGACCAAAGCUAUGCUACGGUGUACAGAGAACUUGAACGUUCCAUCACAUCGUCCAGCCCGCAGGAAGAUCUGAAGUGGUUCAGCAACACCCACGGCCCCGGCAUGCAUAUGAACUGGCCACAGUUUGAGGAAUAUAACCCAGACCUCACCCAUAACAUCUCGAAGAAAGAAAAGUCAAAGAAAAGCAGCGAUGGAGUCAUGCUGACUAACGUUACAACCGCUGUAGACCACGCUCAAGCUGGAGACCGGGGAAGUGUCAGCAGCUACGAGAAGAACCAGGCGUACACGGCCUCCACAGAGUGGUCGGACGAUGACCAGACAGCCCCAGACUCGGGCAACGACACCAACGGAGGGCCGAACCCCUUCGACGACGAUUUGGGCAAAGGUGUGAGAGUGAGAGCGCUGUACGACUACGAAGGCCAAGAGCAGGAUGAGCUCAGCUUCAAAGCAGGUGACGAGCUGAUGAAGCUGGAGGACGAGGACGAACAGGGCUGGUGUAAAGGUCGCCUAGACAACGGACAGCUGGGUCUUUACCCAGCCAAUUAUGUGGAGCCGAUGUAGCUGUUCCAGCUGAGGACGCUUUCCUCUUCGGAGGGCAAACCCAGACUGAACCGUCCGGUCAUAACUGCACAUUGCCAGAGCCUUGAUAGCAAAGCUUCCUCUUCCCAUCGGGCACAGUGAGCUGUCUUCAUCUCCGCACUCAUCACAGAGACGCCUUUACCGUUCAGGAUCACUUCAUCAUCAUCCAAACACUGCAACUGAAGCAACUUAUUUUAGUUCUUAGUCUCUUAUUGGAUGUGUGGAGCUGUGUGUGAUACCAGGUGUGACGCCAAGAUGCCAUAUAGUAUGUUCUCUCAUCAUAUUGAUAUGGUAUUGUCAGUUGUGCCUGGAUAGGGAGAAUACGCUAUGCAUUGUGCAUUUCAUGUACAUAUAUAUAUAUAUUUUUUACAGUCUGGAUGCUUUUACAAUUUUACUCCUCAUUGACUACAGUGUUUUCUUUUCUCUGUGAAAUAUUUACAUGUUAGCAUUAAAUGAAUAGUUUGACAUUAAGGGGAAAUGCACUUAUUUGCUUUGUUCCUCCUGAGAGUUAGAUCGAUAACCCUCUCAUGUCUGUACAGUACAUAUGAAGCUACUGCCAGGACCAGGUUAGCUUAGCUUAGCAUAGCAUUAUGACUGGAAACAAGGGGAAACAGCUAGCCUGGCUCUGUCUGAAGGUAACUACAUCCACCCACCAGCACCUCUAAAGCUCACAAAUUAAACCGUUAUGUCUCAUUUAUUUAAUCUGGAGAGUGAGGCUCACCGUGUCAGACUUUGUUAAUGGGCCACUUAGUGACAUGACUUGUUUAUAACAAAUAUAAUAUUGUGUUAUCAUAUCAUGGACUACAUGCUGCCGUUUUAGGAGUCAUUGUCUCUGGCCAAGAAAGAGCACACAACUUGUAAUGUUUUUGUACCAAUUACACAAACGGGAUACAAGAUGUUAUUCAGUGAGCUCCAGAGACAGAGGGAGGCGAGCUUCUUUUUCCUGCUUUGUGUCUUUAUGCUAAGCUAAGUAGCUGCUGGCUCUGGCUUCAUAUGUCGUGAGUUGUAUCAGUCUUCUCAUUGCAAAUGUCAAACAUUUCUACUGAUGUAUUUUGUUGUUUUUGUGCUGCUCUCCGUAGCAUGUCACUGAAUUAGCAUUUUUCAACCAAGAUAAAAGACAGCUCACCAUGAGUAAAAUCAAAUCAGAUCAAAUCAGUCAGUGAGCAGAGCAUAUCAGCAUAUCAAAAUGAUUCACCUUGACCUCUGCUGUCCCCCCCGUCACUAAGAAGGUGCCUGUUAUGACUAUUAUGAUAUUUCAUUCAGUGUCUUAAUAAUUAUGAAGACUAUAAUAAUGUUAAUAAUGCAGGCACCCUGAACAAAGCCUGCCUGGAAAAUAAGCUUCAUUUCACCACAAAUGUUUAAAUUGUUAAUUUAUUUCAGCAGUUAAUGAGACUUGUUUUCUAUGAGCUAAUGUCAGUGACUUGGCAUUAACAGCUCCCAGCUGUUAUCAGCAGGUGAUUAUGUGCAUGCUGACGCUCCCACACACUGUUUACCGCUCUGAUCCCAACCCAUCAUGUGCAUGGCCUCAAAUUGUUUCCACCACAUUAUAAACAGUUCCUUGAUUGAAUUAAACCUGGGAUCGGGAUAAUGAGGAUGCUGUGAAUUUGCAACUUAGUCAAUAUUGGUUUCACUGUGUUCCAAACUACAGGCUGUGAUAAAUAUACCCAUCUUUAAAGUGAAAUGUUUUUGUUUGUGUCAGAAAGUCCAACUUUAUACAAACCAAAAAAGUAGGAGUGCAUGUGGCACAGCGCAUUGGUGGGUUGCUCCUGGUAACCAGAGGUGAAAACUACACCGUUGUCGAUGAGGAAGGUGGGUGUUCUCUUACUGACACAGACAGAGAAGAGCAGUGCAACAAGAGGAUCCGUCUCUGAAAUAUUAAUGAGACAUUUGCCUUUUCUUCUCCACUUGAGUUCAUUUUUAAAAGAUCCAGGAAGGAAAUGUCUCCUGUGCCGUGUUUGCGCUUCUGUAUGCUUGUAAAACAAAGUUGCUCCUUUUAACACUGGAUUAGAAGGGGUGAAUAAAUAUCGCUUUUCCAGAAUCUACCACCCUGCCACAUACAAGGGCUCUCGACCAUCGUGUUUAACAAAGUGAAAGACUCCUGCUUCUCCAGCUCGGUUUUCACUGACACAACACACAGGCCCUCUUGUUCAUUUGAAUUUGAAGAUUUUAGCGUGUUUGAACUGUAUUUGAUACAGAAUUGGACUGCUGACAAGUGUACUGUUAAAGUGUGUAAAAGCUAUAAAUGCGGCAUCCACUGUGAAACUCCUGUGAUACACUGAGGGAAGGAGAAAAUAUGAAUUUUUAAUACCAAAAUGUUUCUUUCUCUUCUGUCUGAAAACAUUGAGGAAAACUCUUUAUAGAGGGCUUUUUUUUAGCAUAGUGCUGUCAUUUAUACACUGUAGUGCCUGUUCAUCUGCAUACGCUAAAAUAAAAGACAUCAUUAGAAAACU